AUGCUCGUGAAAGUCUCAUUUUUGGGUCUUUCUGCAGCAGCAGCAGCAGCAGCACAGCAGCAGCAGCAGCAGCAGCAGCAGCAGCAGCAAAGCACCUUGCUGCUGCCACUGGAUGGCAGCUUCUCGGGAGCAGUCAGCAGCAAGACUGCCGUCGGCGAUGUUUUGCAAAAUGUUGGUUUUGAUAUAUCCCGGAUGCAGCGAAGUCACCAAAACUCCCGGAGACCCGCAGCCACGCAGGUCCUCUGCCAGCAGCAGCAGCAGCAGCAGCAGCAGCAGCAGCAGCAGCAGCAAAAGCAGUGGUGGCAGCAGUGGUCCGUGCAGCAGCAGCAGCAGCAGCAAAAGUAG